GUUUGGAUAGAUGCAGCGGUCAAACGCGUGAUGAGUCUGACGAAAGCGAGUAAUGUCUCAGUUUCAGCUCAGUGCUCAACUGUAGAGCUAGUAUGACGGAUAAGUAGUGAGGUGAGGUGCUCAUUCAGGAUUACGGUGUCAUGCUUAUACCCAGAUGUCAUCUCCGGCAGUACUAUGCUGCUGCUAUCGCCUCGCUCUCGGCGAUGAUGACUGGGGCAGCAAUGGGAUGGCCCUCGCCGGUACUGGAGCACUUCUGUGAAGGCGCCCACUGCGAGGUGAGGAUGACGGCGGGCGAGGCCUCCUGGGUGCUCUCCCUCAUCGAGAUCGGGAACCUCUUCUCGCCGAUCCCUUGCGGUUACCUCGUGGACAUGUACGGGCGGCAGCCGUGUCUCUUCGCCACCGGGCCGCUCUUCCUCGGCUCUUGGACCCUCAUCAUCUGCUCCCGCUCGGUGGGCUACCUCUACCUGGCGCGGCUCGUCCAGGGCCUCGGCAUGGGCAUCGUCUACACGGUCACCCCCAUGUACAUCUCGGAGAUCGCCGGCGCCGACGUCCGCGGCCGCCUCAGCAUCCUCUUCGUCGGCCUCCUCAACUUGGGCAUCCUCCUCGAGUACAUCGUCGGCCCCUUCGUCAGCUACCGGACGCUCGGCUACAUCUCCAUCUCCGUGCCCAUCCUCUUCAUCGCCACCUCCAUCUGGCUCCCCGAGUCCCCGUACUUCCUCCUCAUGAACGACAAGUCCAAGGAGGCCAUCAACGCCCUGAUGUGGCUCCGCUCCGACUACUCCAAGGACAGGAUCUUCGAGGAGCUGACCCUCAUCAAAGACGAGGUCGAGCAGGAGAAAGGCACGAAAACGGCCGCCAAGAACACCUUCGGGGACAUAUUUUCAUCGGCGGCCAACCGGAAGGCGUUCUUGAUCGUCCAGAUCGCCGCCUGCGCUGACGUGCUCUCCGGCAUGACGGCGAUCCUGGCCUACGCCUCGGUCAUCUUCGCGGCGCCGCACAACACGACGAUGGAGGCGGAGGACUACCCGAUCAUGUUGGGGCUCAUCAUGCUCCUGGCCAUCUUCCCUGCCGCCUACCUGGUGGACAUGGCCGGUCGGAGGCCGCUCCUCAUAUUCUCGUGCCUCUUCUCUGGGCUUUUCGAACUCGUGGCUGCCUUCUACUUCUACGCGGCCAUGAAGCUGGACUGCGACGUGGCUCGCCUCAAGUGGAUUCCACUCUUGGCCAUCUGCGCUUUCUCUGUGGCCUACUCGAUGGGUCUGGGCUCGCUGGUGCCCACGCUCAUGGGCGAGUGCUUCCCCUCUCAAAUCCGCGGUCCUGCCAGCUCCAUGACGUCCAUCACGCUCUGCGCCAUCUCCUUCCUCGUCAUCAAGUUCUUCCAGGUGGUCAACGAGGAGAUCGGCUUGUAUUUUAACUUCUUCAUCUACGGCGUGAGCAGUAUCGCGUGCUCGGCCGUCUUGUGGCUUGUCCUUCCUGAAACGAAGGGCAAGACCCUGAGCGAGAUCCAGCAGGACCUGAAAGCCUCUUGCAAGCCCAGUAAACCUAGUUUGCCGCUUUAUGUAAACGCCUCAGUGCCCAAAGGUGUCGAGGCUUCGUAAGCUACCCUGGAGGGCAGUGGCGACUUUUCAAAGUACUGGAUUUCCUCCAUUUAAAUCAACUAUCAACAACACAAUCGAGGUUAAACUAUGUGCCUCGGUACAAAGCGAUCGCUUUAUUUGCAUUUCAGUAUAAAAACCCAGUUUUGACAAUUUAAAAGAAUCGCCACUGCUAGAGGGUGCUUUGGUCAAUAGUCAUGAUGACAUUCGGGUCCGCCCUCGAGUAUGAAGCAACCCCGAAAUUACUCAUGGCUGGAACCUUGUUCGGAUCUGGCAAGUGCCUCAAAGGUGGGUUCCCCUGACAAAUAACAAUGCUUCCCAAGUAACCUUGGACUGCAUCACGUAUGGUUAAAUUGGAUGCGCUGGAGCGGAUCAAAAAGUUCCAAGCGCGGCGCAGCUAUGGCCAUGCUUGACCAUAGUGUGGGUUAUUUGUAUUGGUAAAUAUACAUUGCCAUGGCGCAACUGUAUAACUAAUUUUAUGUAUAACGUAUGUAUUGUUUCCGAUAAAAAGAGGAAAUUUUGGAGUUCUAAGAACGAAAAAUACUGCAAACGCGUGGAAGCAUGGAAUACUAUUACAGUGUCCUUGUUUGCAAGGCAUCGUUGUUGCAAUAAUCAAGCUCUCUUUCAGAAUGUAGAGAAUAUUAGAGUAAUUAAAGAUAAGUCGCGAAUAAAAUCGCUGAAUCUAGUCAAAAAGAUGUGUAUGACUGAGUCUCGCAAAUGUUAUCAGUAAGCUUAUUCUGUUUUAACCUCCUUUUGAAGCAUUGUCGUGAGUUGGAACUAGGAGUUCUAUCUAUAUAAAAAUUCCACUUAAGAAGGAGGAGAGGAGAAAACUAUUUUUUUCCUGACAAAUUUUCUUUUGUUUUUCAUUUUUGAGCGAAAUUUAUGAAAUGUCCAUUUUUUUAAAACUAUUUGUCUCCAUUAUAACAAAAUAUACCGAGCUCUCCUGUAAUGUAAUUUUCUUCCUAUUAAUUUAUGUAGGUAACUGAAUUGCUAUGUGAAUCGGCAAUGCGAAUCACUUUAGUAUAUCCGAACAAUAUUGAAACCGAAUGCUUUAAUAUCAGUUCGUCUAACAGCAGUAUCAGCGUAUUGACUUACUAUUAUAUAUUCACAAAAAAUUCAGGUAUCAGACAAAAAGUUAUUAUUAUACGUAAUGACCGCUUAAAACUAAUCCUAGCAUCUUAUGACGUCCAUGUUCAGCAAAACAUAUUUUUAAAACGUCAUUGAAAGCAUGCUCGUACACAUGCAACCUGUGAAUUCAUAUUAGGAGAAGUGGCGAGGCAUGAUAAUCGACUAUCUAUAUCUCCCCAAUUUGAAGCUAUAGGAAUGAAUCUAUUGUAACUGUGUUCGCAAACUGUGUUCGUUGCGAACACCCUUUCUAUCGAUCCUUUUCCGUAGGUUUAAAUGGCAGAUCAAUCGAUAUAUCGCAAAGCACGCCUCGCCUCUGAUCAUGAGGAUGAUUAUCCUCGGAGCGUUUUCUUCUCAGAAAUUUCCAGCGUGGAACCGGUCAAAAGCACCGCAAGAAUCUCACUAUCCUAAUCAGCAAUACUUGUCCCGUUCAACACGACCCCAAGGUGUAAAAGUCUUAUAGUUAAUGUAAUAUCGAUUAUAGUUUACAGUUGUCUUAUCAUUUUUGAAACAAAUGCAAGGGUGUCUUUUAUAGGACCUAAUUUUUUGCACAAGUAAAGUAUCAUAUUUCUCGCAAGUGAUCGGAUAAUAAAUGCCGUCUUAUCUAACGAUCAAUCAUUAGGGGAAUUCUUUCUAGCUUUCGGGUAAGGCUCUCUUUUCGAUGGCAAAUAAUUAUCGCUGAAUUCAAUUAAUUUUUUACUGAUGAUAAGUUUAGAAAAAUGUUUUCUCUCUGCAUCCGAUACAAUUUUACCAAUAUACUUAGAAUUUCGAGUAAUUUUGGAAUUUAGAGUUUGACACAUAAAUUUGACAAAAUAUGAAUGAGUCCUUUCUUUCCAGCUUAGUUAGUUGUGUGUGAUGACUUUGCAAACCCACGGCCGUAGUUCCUCUUUUCUUAUGCGCAUCAGUUUGAAUGACGUUUGUGAAUGGGAAAUGAAUUUAAAAGACAAUGUAUGGAAAAUGUCGCAUCAUCAACAUUUUAAAGAUUUUUGCCGUCGUAGUCGAUUAUUUUGUACCUUAUUACGCUGCAGGUACUGAAAUUGUUACUCAUAGCAGCAGAAACAGUUUCUAGAGAUUGUCUUCUUCCAGUUAAUAUCUUGUACUUUUUUAGUCGUGUAAAUUCGGUUAUUUUUAUCAAUUUGAACUAAUGUUUAUUCUUUACUUUUGAAUUGUUUUUCUUAUUUCGUAUUACUUUCAUUUUUUUCAAUUAGUUAUUUUUAACACAACUUCUCGUGCUCUAUUGUUCUAAUUGAUUACCGUGCUUUCAAUCCUUGAAUUUCUUAAAAUUUUACGACAUUGCUCAUGAGUUUUAUGAUCUCAAGCACAAUUUAUUUAAUUAAAAUUUUUCAAACUCUUCAUAUUUCAAACUAAGUGAAGUGGCGACGCACGACUAUUUCAAAGCUCAUUCACUCAUUUUUGUCCAGUAACCGCUUCAGAUCAUCUACUCUGUUUAGUUCCUGUCAAGACUAUCGUAAGAUAAGCCAUUGAAGAUGCGUUUCUUAGGAUUCAGUCGUGUAGAUUCAACGUCCUAAGUCAUGCCACAAAGGCACUUGAGACAAUUUCAACGAAAAUUAGGUUAACGCACGUGGUGAAUGUAUUUUUUCGACACUGAACUAAAGAGAACAUCUUGUUAAUAAUUUCAGCUUCAAGACAAAAAUCCUUGUGAAAAUUGUUAGUUUUGUAAAAAGUUAGUUUGUAAGUACAUUUUUUUACUUUAAAUAAAACUUUGCAUGUAAAUAA